GCGGAAGGAAGCGGCGCCCAUUCAUGACGGUUGUUGCCAAAUCGUCCAGAAAAACAGAAGUGCUUCCUUAUAAUUUACCGUAUGUUCUUUCGUUUAUUAUCGCAUCUAUUUUCUACAUUCUCUUAGAAGAAACACUACUGGGACAAAGUAAAAAUGGGAUAUAUGACAGUGGAGGAACACAGCCCCACCCUGCUACAUCUCAAGAGGGCCCCUGGGAUACGCUCGUGGUCUCUUCUAGUUGGCAUAUCAUCUAUUGGUGUAGCUGCGGCCUACUACAGUUCAGACAGCAUCCUGUGGAAGCUCUUCUACAUCAGCGGCUGUCUAUUUGUGGCGAUGCAGAACAUGGAGGAGUGGGAGGAGGCUGUGUUCGAUAAGACCAAUAACCUAAUUGAGCUCAAGACGUUCAGCUUGUACGCGUAUGUCCUCACACUAUGGAAGAAGGGACAAGAGAAAGUGGUGUUGGACAUGGCGCACUUGCGAGACGUCUGCGUUCAAGAGGAAAGGGUGCGCUACUUGGGGAAAGGCUACCUGCUAAUGCUAAGGCUCGCUACAGGCUUUUCCUACCCCCUCACCCAGAGCGCCAUGCUGAGAGGACGCAGUGACGUGGAGGCAAUAGCAGCUUUACUGAAGAAGUUUGUGGGGCUGGACGAUCUACGCAAGCGAUCACAACAGGAGGAGGAGGAGGACUACGGAGGUGACGAGGAGGAGGACAGCAGCGAAUCAGAGCGAGAACUUUGA